AUGCGUUUCUCAGCUGUCGCCGUUGCCGCUCUCGCCACCCAGGCCGCCGCCUGGAGAGGCCAAGGCCCCCCGUCCGGCUCCUACUGGGGCUGGGGUAACACCGGCGUCGAGGCCAGCAAGGCCGCCGACGACUGCUCCGGCGCCGAGGUGACCUCCACCUCCACCAUCACUCUCCCCGCCGCGACCGCCCCUCCCGCCGCCACCUCCGCUGCCCCGGUCGUGACCCCCUCCGCCGCCGCCCCCGUCGAGGAGGCCGUCAGCACCACCUCCUCCGCUGCCCCGGCCGCCACCACCGCUGCCUCCAGCGGCACCUCCGGCCUCACCUCGGACCAGCAGGCCGCCCUCGAUGCCCACAACGCCGCUCGCUCCGACGUCGGCGUCCCGGCCCUCGAGUGGGAUGCCACCCUCGCCGCCAACGCCCAGGAGUGGGCCACCCACCUCCUCUCCGUCGGCUCCCUGACCCACUCCCAGGUCUCUGACCAGGGCGAGAACCUGUACAUGCAGUCCAACACCGACAGCCCCUACAUCAACGCCGCCAACGCCUGGAUCGCCGAGAAGUCUUCCUACAACGGCGAGACCAUCUCCGAGUCCAACUACAUGGGCUUCGGUCACUACACUCAGAUCGUCUGGAAGAGCACCACCAAGGUCGGUCUGGCUGUUGCCACCAACUCCCAGGGCACCUACGUCGUCGCCCGCUACUCGCCCCCUGGCAACUACAUCGGCGAGAAGCCCUACUAA